UAUUAUUUUUUUAAGUUUAUGUUUUAAAUAAUAUUUAAAAACUCCGGUACCAUGGCGUUUUCGCAGUCGUUCGAUUUUGGCGACAGCACGUUCAUGGAGCUGGAGAAGGGCCUGCAAACGGCAGCCGGAAAGGAAAAUUUUCGCCCACAAAAUUCCAAGGCUAGGUUGAGCGCAGCCAAGAAAUCCAAGGUUUCCUCCAUUCAGGAGAGUGAAAACUACUCGGACUUUUUUCGAGACGAGUUCUCCUACGAGGUGGAACAAGCCAAAAAGGCGUCGGAGCAUUCAGUGGUCAAUGUGUCGCAGGUCGAGGCGGCACUUCUAGAAGGAGUUCCCCAUCGCAACUCUGGCGACUCGAACAAGCAAGUCUGCUCUGAGGAUGUGUUUGAGGCGGACGACAAGGCCAAGGAAGAUGACCGGGAUGUGGCCAAUCUGGAUGAGAGCAGCUUCCUGUGUCCAGCACGGGAUGAGCGGGCAUCCCAACAGCUGAAGGAGGACCUGUUGCGCAGUCGUUGCAUUCUGGCCAAGCAGAGCGACCACCACGAGAUAUCGCGCAUCACCCAGAAUUUGAGCAGCAUGUCGCCUAACCAGCUGCGAGUUUCGCCCAAUUCCUCUAGCAUUCGCGAAGCUCCGCCCGAAAGAAGAAACCCACCCGCAGAUUUGGAGUCCCUUAAAUCCAUUGCGGCCUGGAACUUGCCGCACAGCAUACAGAACGAAUACAAAAAGAAGGGCGUCCUGCGGAUGUUCGACUGGCAAGUGGAAUGCCUCAGCAAGCCACGCGUGCUUUUCGAGCACUGCAACCUGGUCUACUCGGCACCCACUUCGGCAGGGAAGACGCUCGUCAGCGAGAUUCUCCUCCUGAAGACUGUAGUAGAGCGCGGCAAGAAGGUGCUGCUCAUCCUGCCCUUCAUAUCGGUAGUACGCGAGAAGAUGUUCUACCUGCAGGACCUGCUCACCACGGCUGGCUAUCGAGUGGAGGGAUUCUUCGGAGGCUACACGCCACCCGGUGGCUUCGAGAGCAUCAACGUGGCUAUUUGCACCAUCGAGAAGGCCAAUUCGAUCAUUAAUAAGCUCCUGGAACAAGGCAAAUUGGACACCAUUGGCAUGGUAGUGGUGGAUGAAGUGCAUCUCAUAUCGGAUAAGGGACGAGGCUACAUUCUGGAGCUACUACUGGCCAAGAUUCUGUACAUGUCGCGCCGCAACGCCCUGCAGAUUCAAGUGAUCACCAUGUCGGCCACUUUGGCCAAUGUGGAGCUGCUCCAGCGCUGGCUGGACGCCGAAUUGUACAUUACAGACUAUCGCCCAGUGGCCCUGCAAGAGAUGAUAAAAGUGGGCACCAAGAUUUUUGACCAGCAGCUGAAGUUCCUGCGCGACGUAUCCCAGCAGGCGGAGCUGCGCCAGGCCCUGGGCAAUGAUUCUGACCAUGUUGCCCAGCUGUGCAUCGAGACUCUGCUGGAGGGCUGCUCCGUCAUCGUCUUCUGCCCCUCGAAGGAUUGGUGCGAGAACCUGGCCGUCCAACUGGCCACUGCCAUGCACGGGCUUAUCAAGUCUGGCACGGAUUUAGGUCAGCGUCUGCGGGCUAAUCUCAAUCCAGAGGCCAUCGAGGAGGUGAAAAAGCAGCUAAGAGAUAUUCCAACAGGUAUUGAUGCAGUCAUGUCCAAAUCUGUGACCUAUGCCUGUGCCUUUCACCAUGCCGGUUUGACCACCGAAGAGCGAGACAUUGUGGAGGCCUCCUUUAAGGCGGGAUCACUGAAAGUUCUGGUAGCCACCAGUACCCUAAGCUCGGGUGUUAACCUGCCCGCUCGACGGGUGCUCAUCCGCUCUCCCUUGUUCGGAGGCAAGCAGAUGAGCUCCCUUACCUACCGCCAAAUGAUCGGACGAGCGGGUCGAACCGGCAAGGAUACGCUGGGGGAAUCCAUCCUGAUCUGCACGGAGAGCAAUGCACGCAUAGGGCGGGAGCUGGUGACGGCGCAGCUGCAGCCCAUAACGUCCUGCCUGGAGAUGGACGGGAGUACUCACUUGAAACGCGCUCUCCUGGAGGUCAUAUCCUCUGGUGUGGCCAGCACCAGGCAGGACAUAGAUUCGUUUGUCAAUUGCACUUUACUGAGUGCCCAAAAGGCCUUGGAAGCAUCCUCCGCCGAUGUAGAGCCACCGCCGGAAGACGAUUCUGAUGGGAACUACAUCAGUGAUGCCCUGGAUUUCCUAGUGGAGUAUGAAUUCAUCCGACUUCAAACGGAUGAGGAGACGGAGUCCUCCACCUAUGUGGCCACUCGUCUGGGAGCUGCCUGCCUGGCCUCCUCAAUGCCACCCACCGACGGCCUUAUUCUCUUCGCCGAGUUGCAGAAAUCCCGUCGCUGCUUCGUCUUAGAGUCCGAACUGCAUGCUGUCUACCUGGUGACGCCCUAUUCCGUGUGUUAUCAGCUGCAGGAUCUCGACUGGCUGCUGUAUCUGGACAUGUGGGAAAAACUGAACCCGGCCAUGAAAAAGGUGGGAGAACUCGUCGGGGUCAAGGAAGCCUUUCUCAUUAAGGCUAUGCGUGGUCAGACGAAGCUGGACUACAAACAGAUGCAGGUGCACAAGCGCUUUUACACAGCUCUGGCACUGCAGGAGCUGGUCAACGAGACACCCAUCAAUGUGGUGGUGCACAAGUUCAAGUGUCAUCGCGGUAUGCUACAGAGUCUCCAGCAGAUGUCCUCCACAUUUGCGGGCAUUGUGACCGCCUUCUGCCACUCCCUGCAGUGGUCUACCCUUGCCCUGAUAGUGUCCCAGUUUAAGGACCGCCUGUUCUUCGGCAUUCACCGGGACCUAAUCGAUCUUAUGCGGCUGCCCGAUUUGUCACAGAAGCGAGCGCGUGCUCUUUUCGAUGCUGGCUUCACCAGUUUGGUGGAGGUGGCGGGUGCGGAUGCUCUGGAGCUCGAGAAAGUGCUCUUCAACUCGCUCAGCUUUGACUCCACGAAGCAGCACGACCACGAGAACGCCGAAGAAGCGGCCCUUCGGAACAAGGUACGUAACUUUUUCAUCACGGGCAAGGCGGGCAUGACGGUGGCGGAAGCUGCCAAACUGCUGAUUAACGAAGCUCGCCAGUUUGUUCAGUACGAGAUUGGGGUGGGAAGCAUCAAGUGGACGCAGGAACAUCCAAAGGCAUCGGAGGCUCCAAAGUCCCUGGAGAGCGGGAUGGAAGUGGAACUGCACAUGUCUUUAGAGGAGCAGCAUGCUCAGGGUCAGGUUCCCUCGUCAAAGCGCAGGCUGGCAAGCCCGGAAAGAAAUAAUAAUCCUGAAGACACUUCGAAACCCAAAGUGCCCAAGAUGGAUUCACGAGUGGAAGGGAAGAAGAGGAGCAGUGAAAGAAUACAGCGCCGUUCUCAAGGUUUAAACCAAAUUCUCCACAAAGAUUCCAAUAAAAAACCAGCCGAGGAACCUCUGAAAUCAUUGGCCUCUACUGGGAAUACUCAGAAAUCUGAAAUACCUCCGAAGAAGCCCUUUAUAAAUAAUCAGAGAUUGUCGAAGAAGGAUUCCCACUCAGAAAAGUCAACACCACGAACUUUAAUUGUUGAAACAAAAGAUAUUGCGCCAAUUCCUGCAGUUUCCUCCCAUAAGGAGACAUCAACAAAAAUCCAAUCAUCAGAAUUCCCCAAUGAAAACCUUUUAAUCCCAGUUCAAAAACAAAGAUCAGAGACUAAUAGAGAAACCAAUCCCGUGGACAAUAUCUCUAAUUCACCUGUAGCUCGAGAGCAAGAGCCCAGCACCAGUGCCCAGGCCCGAAAGGAGCUGCUAAGAAAGGAGAUAGCCGAACGCCGGCGGAUUGCCCUGAUGAAAAUCAACCAAAAACGCACCGAGCGAGCCGCCACGCCCCCUAUCGAGCGGUCUCCAGGCAUAGUUAAGGAAGCAACUACUACUCCAAAACCAAGCCAAGUUCAGACGGAAAGGGAACUUCGUAGUAACGACAAGGAGAACUUGGCAGUUAAUGAGAACUUGACAGUCAAGGGGAGCUUGGGUCCCAAGCCUUUCAAGGAGCCCUUCAGCAAAGAGUCCUCAGUGACCCCUACACGCAGGCAGAGUGGGAGUACAGCUACUACCCUGCCCCGCAGGAGUCCCCGCAAUCAUACGCCCACCCAGACUCUGACCACUACCCAGAGUCGCACUGCCUCAAGGAAGCCUUCCACGGCGGAGGAGGAUCUGUUUAUGGCAGACGAUUCCUUUAUGCUCAGCUCGGGAGUGACGGCUGCCCUCACGGCCGCCGAUAGCAAGAUGCCAGCAUCCUCGGAAGCGGAUGAAAUUCCCAGCUCUCAGCCCAAAGAACCGGAGGUGGUGGCCACUGCCUUGACGCCACAUGCUUCCAGAAUGAUGCGCUCAUUUCAGCUACGUUCGCAGCGGAUGCAAAGUCCCAAAGCGCAGUCUAAGGAACCGGCGACUGUACCCACAGAAACGACUAACUCCUCCACCGCAGCCUCAUCCAUGGAGCUCUCAGACAUGUCGCUGGAGAACUCACUGAUCAAGAAUCCGCUGCACCUGAAUGCCUCGCACAUUCUCAGCUGCUCCAAGGCGGACGACAAUGCCUCGAGUUUCAGCAGCAUCGACAUCAUUGACAUCUGUGGCAACCGACAAUUGUUCCAAAUGGCCCUAAUGGAGCUCCUAGAGGCUACACGUUGCGGCUUCAGCGUAGCCCUGCAGGCUCAGGCAGGCAGGCAAAAGCCGCUGAUUGGAGCCAACCUAUUGAUUAACCAGGUAGCGGCGGCGGAGCAGCGAGAGGCUGCUGCCGGACAGCAAGUACUGUUCCAGGUGGACGACACCUGCUUCAUAGCCGGAUUAUCCUUCUGUCUAAGGGACAAUGUGGUUUACUAUUUGAAUAUGCAGGAUGAGGAGCAGAAGCAGGGGCAGGGAGUGGUUCCCACAAGUCUGAAGGAGCAGGAGCUGUGCAAGCUGUUGGCACGUCCGGAACUAACGCUCAUCAUGCACGACGGCAAGGAGCAGCUGAAGAAGCUCUUGAAGGCCAUGCCAAAGCUUGGCAAGAUUGCUGUCAAGCUGGAAGAUCCCAAAGUGGGCAACUGGUUGUUGCAGCCGGACAAGACGCUUAGCUUUCAGAAUAUGUGCCAGCAUUUCGCUCCAGAGUGCACAGCUCUCGCCGAUCUUUGUGGCAGCGGUCGCGGUUAUACCAGCUAUGGUCUCGAUAGCUCCAGUGCCAUAUUACCCAAGAUUAGGGCCUCCAUCGAGGCCUGUGUUACAGUGCACAUACUCAAGGGACAGUUGGAGAAUCUGGAGAGAAUCGGCGAUGGUCAGCUGCUUAAGUUUUUCCGCGACAUAGAAAUGCCCAUUCAGAUGUCCCUCUGCCACAUGGAGGUGGUGGGCUUUCCUGCCAAGGAGCAACGACUGCAGCGUCUCUUCCAACAUAUGGUGGCCGUGAUGAAGAAGCUGGAGGGUAAGAUCUACGAGCAGCAUGGGUCACGGUUUAACCUUGGCUCUACGCAGGCCGUAGCCAAGGUACUGGGACUCCACCGCAAACCGUCGGGACGUGUGAGUACCUCCCGGCAGGUGCUAGAGAAGAUAGACUCACCCGUUUCAAUGCUAAUCCUGGCCCACCGGAAGCUGAGCACGCUUCUGGCAAAGAGUAUGCAGCCACUGCUGAAGUGUUGUGAGUCUAAUCGUAUCCAUGGUCAGAGCAUUACAUAUACAGCGACGGGUCGGAUCUCCAUGACGGAGCCAAAUCUGCAGAAUGUUGCCAAGGACUUUGUGAUAAAGCUGGGAUCGGACGGGAUAAACAUAUCUUGCCGUUCAGCCUUCGCUCCUUCGGAUGAAAAGCUGUGCCUGCUCUCAGCGGACUUCUGUCAGCUGGAGAUGCGCAUUCUGGCUCACUUGUCACAGGACAAGGCUCUAGUGGAGGUGAUGAACUCACCGCAGGACUUGUUCACAGCUAUUGCGGCUCGCUGGAAUCGCAUAGAGGAGUCUGAGGUGUCGGAGCACAUGCGCAACGGCACCAAGCAGAUCUGCUAUGGCAUAGUCUACGGCAUGGGCAUGCGCAGCUUGGCAGAAUCGCUGAAGUGCACGGAACAGGAGGCCCAGAUGGUGUCGGAGCAAUUCCACCAGGCCUAUCCAGGCAUCCGAACCUACACCCAGAAGGUGGUAAAGUUUGCCCGCAACAAUGGCUACGUGGAGACCAUUACGGGACGUCGACGCUACUUGGAUCACAUCAACAGUGGCGAGGCGCAAUUGAAGAAUCAGGCCGAGCGUCAAGCCAUCAACUCCACUAUUCAGGGAUCGGCAGCGGAUAUUGCCAAAAGCGCAAUCAUUAAAAUGGAGAAGAAUAUUUCUCGCUAUCGGGAGAAGCUGGGCGUAGCAGAAAACUCAGUCAACCUCGUGCUCCAUCAGCACGACGAACUGAUCUUCGAGGUGCCCGCCGACAAGGCGAAAAAGAUAGCCAAGGUGCUCAGCCUAACCAUGGAGAACUGCGUGAAGCUCAGUGUACCUCUCAAGGUAAAGCUCAAGAUGGGACGUAGUUGGGGGAAAUACAGGAAAUUAGGGUGUAGUUAUAAAAUAUAUAUUUUAUAUUUAGGGUAAUCAAUUGUAUAGG